UGUACCGAUGUCUUGGUCUUUUCCUUCUUGCAUUGUAACUAAGCUGAACGCGUUUCACAAUCAACACGAGAGCACAGUCCCACAGACGCUCAGCUUUGGCAACAUUUAGAUCUAGAUCUAGUUGUUCUUUUGGACUAGUGACUGCGACUGAUGUCUAGAUCUUAGUUGUUACAUGCCACGUCUAUAAAAGUCUUAGUUUUAAUUUACUUACCCUUAGCCUUAAUAAUUUAAUUUAAAAAAUGGCAACUAAGUUGUUUGUUGGAGUAUACAAGCAAUCUCUUCGAUGUCCACAUGUUCAGUCUAUGACUUUAAAAUGCCAGCUUCAAAAAUCCAAAAGACUGUAUUCACCAUCUUUUCAUCAAAAUGUACUGCACAGUAGAAUGUUGUCAACAUCUGUGCAACGACCAAAACAAUCAAAAGAUAAAGUAUUAUUUACUCCUGGACCACUUGGUGUAACAUUAAGUGUAAAACAGGCUAUGUUACGAGAUGUUGGCUCACGUGAUAAAGAAUUUAUAGAAUGCAUCAAAUUUAUUAGAUCAAAAAUUUUAGAAAUAGCAGGUGUAUCUCAAAAAGACUUUUGCUGCAUCCCUAUUCAAGGUAGUGGAACAUUUGCUGUUGAUGCGUCUUUCCAAACUGUUCUGCCCAGACAAGGAGCCAAGGCUUUGAUUAUUGAAAAUGGAGCUUAUGGUAAAAGAAUGUCGAAGAUUUGUGCUGCCGCUGGUAUAAGUUGUGAUGUUCAGAGCUUUAGAGAAGAUAGGCAAGUGGAGCCAGAAGUUGUUGAGGAUGCUUUGAGUGGACGAACCAAGUAUGACCUUGUGGCAAUUGUUCACAGUGAGACAAGCUCUGGUGUCUUCAAUCCCAUUGCAGAAGUAGGAAAUAUUGUUAAAAGCUUGUCACCAGAGUCCAUCUACUUAGUUGAUGCUGUGAGCAGUUUUGGUGCAGUUCCAAUAAACUUUGAAGAAAGUUGUAUAGAUGUAUUGAUCAGUUCAGCUAACAAAUGUCUUCAGGGAGUCCCUGGUUUUGCUUUUGUUUUAGCAAGAAAUAGUGUAAUGGACAACUGCAAAGGAAAUUCUCGAAGUUUAGCUCUUGACCUUUAUGAUCAAGUGAAGCAACUGGACCAGACCAAUCAGUUUAGGUUCACUCCUGCUACACAUUCAAUGCUUGCCUUUAAACAAGCUUUAAUUGAAUUUGAACAAGAGGGUGGAGUUGAAGGAAGAGCUAAAAGAUAUAAAAACAACAGGGCAGUAUUACAAAAAGGAAUGAAUGAGCUUGGUUUCAAGGAACUUCUGGAUGAGAAAGUUGCAGGAUACAUUAUCACAUCCUAUCUAUAUCCCAAGGAUCCAAAUUUCAAUUUCAACACAUUUUAUAACAAGCUCAAUGAUAAAGAUCUGGUGAUUUACCCCGGAAAAGUCUUAGACACAGACUGUUUCAGGAUCGGCACCAUUGGAGAUCUGCAUGCAGAGGACAUGACAACUUUGGUCAAAGCAGUCAGGGAAGUGUGUCAUGACAUGAAGAUCAGUAUACCCAUCAAAUAUUAACAUCAUUUAACUUUGCUCAAUCUUGAUCCAAAUAAAUAGAUAAAAUAACUUUGAAAUCCAGUCGCUGUGCUACAAUAAGUUAUUCUCUUGAAAUGACCUUGACAUUUCAAACUGUAAAACAUUUCUUCAUUAAAACAUUUAAGAUUUUUUUCCUAACUGUAGUCAAUAUUUAUGUUUGUAAAAGGAUGGGAACAGUUUUCUUAUGUAUAUUUGUCAAUCAAACUGUUCUUUUAUUAUUGUCAGGUAUGUCUAAGUCAUCAUGCGAACUGUCAUUUUCGAUUUUCCACAUAUGAAAAUUUGCUUCAACGAUUUUAUCUGUACCAAGAAUUUUUUGAUGUUUUUCAUUUUAUUUGAUAUGUAGAUUUGUUCCAGUGUACUAUAAUUUACAUUUGUCUGUAUUUUGUAUGAUUUAAUCAAGUGAAAAAGGAAACUAAAAUUUAUUUGCAUCAUUUUGUUACUAAGAUCUGCUGCAUUUAGUCAUUUCUGUGUAGUCCCUUGGUAAUAUUUUAUUGCUUAAGAGUUUUUCAUUUGUAAUUUUGUUGUCAUCAGUGUGUAUUCAAUGAGGGGUUGAAGACUUGGUGAAAUGAAACUAAGAUUCCAUUAUAUUUAAUGGUCUUUAUACAAUAGCUUCCUCGGUAGGCAACUGGUUGGACCUUUUUAUGAUGGCAAGGUCUAAAGUCAGCGUUCAUAUAUUUGUUGUAUAUUUUAUAACAUUUAAUUGUAUGCUUUAUACAUACUGUAGGCUUGAAGCUUCAUCUAAUUAUAGCUGUCUAGUGGAGUUAAUUUGGACAGUACUUACAACAAAACUACUUCAGGGCUUAGUGUCCUCCCUUUCAUUAACUGUUUUGACUUAUUUCUUGAUUUUGGAAUGCUUUUACUAGCUACUUUCAUCACUCUAACUUACUGAUUUAAUGAAAAAGUAUGUUAAAUUAAUAUAAAGAUUGAUGUAGAUAAGUCGUCAUGAUUUGAAUUCUAUUGAAAAAGUGUAAAAAAAAAAAAAUCUGUUUUACAAGAUAAAGGUCAUGUGUGUUGUCUGUGAAGGGACAUUGUUAGCAACAAAACAAUUCUUAGACCUUUAUAGAGUUUACUUGAUUUCUAUUCAUUUACUUUCAAGUGUAAUUAGAAAAAUGUUAUAUAUUUUCACACUGGUGACCAGUAUUAUAUUGCAUUUUUUUAAAUAUUGCAUUUUUGGUAUCAUGUUCUUUAUUUAUAUCAAACUAUGAAGAUUGUUUUUUCCAUUCAUGUAUAAAGGUAAAACCAUAUCUGCAUAUGAGGGUAAAUACAUAAUUUAUUAAUG